AUGAAGACGACCAGCCAGCCCGUUCCACUCUCGGAGAAAGUGAUGGGGAAGAUGAAGGAGAGCGAGGAGGGGACAGGACUGCCUCGACCUAAUACCACCCUCGAGGAGAGCACGGCCGGCCAGGCGGGAUUCGACGGCGCAGGCAAGUAUCUCCUGUCGGGAGGGAUAGCGGGCGCAGUCUCCAGAACAGCGACGGCGCCGUUCGACCGCCUCAAGGUCUAUCUGAUCACCGCCCAACCGUCGACCCUGGCCAGUGUGGAGAGCAACCGAUCGGGUCGGAGGAUACCGGCUCGGAACACGAUGUCCAACCUGAUGGACGCGCUCAAGUCUCAAGAUGAUCGUCGCUCUAAUCUCGGCAGGUUCCUGGCCGGUGGCUUGGCUGGGGUGGUGAGUCAAGUCUUAAUCUAUCCGAUCGAGACACUCAAAACUCAAUUGAUGAGUAGUACGAUCAACGAAUCCUUUCAAGGGCGUGCUCUUCUAGUGUACACGAUCAAAAAGCUCAACAAAACUGGCGGCGUACGGGGAUACUACAAAGGUCUUAUGGCAGCCACCAUGGGCGUCUUCCCGUAUUCAGCCAUUGACAUGUCAGCUUUUGAGGGCUUGAAACGGGCGUAUAGAACGGCGUCUGGCACGGAAGAAGAGACGGGCGUGUUAGCGACCUUAGUGUGUGGCGCGAUAAGCGGGGGAGUGGGCGCGACGGUAGUAUAUCCCCUGAAUGUAGUGCGGACACGCCUGCAAGCGCAGGGCACGCCCUACCAUCCCCAACAGUACACCGGCAUCCUCGACUGUGUCCGCCAGACCUUCCUGCGCGAACGCUGGCUCGGCUUCUACCGCGGCCUCGCACCCUCCCUCCUCAAAGUCGUCCCCGCCGUCAGCAUCAGUUGGCUCGUCUAUGAACAGAGUAAUCGCACCCUCGAACAGCUCCUCGGAUGA